GGCUGUCUGUAGAACAUGGUGCAGGACGACAAUCUUAAAACACGAUCACAUGCUCUUACGUAGUGUGUAUAGAUACUAUGCUGUAGCUAGCACUAAAACUGAUGAGGGAGUUCUUCAAAGAGUCAAAAAAUUCGUAUUUGGCGAAACUGUUUCACCGGAACAGCUACAACAAACAUCUGAUUCAGACAGUUAUUAUCAAAUCAAGAAGGCUACAAGUCCACAGUUGUUUAACAUGGAACCAUCAGAGAUAAAAGAUAAAUUAGAGUCCAUUACAAGGAAGACGAUGUCACUAUCUACUGAACAUGACUGGCUAUUAGUUGACACUAGGGAUAUAAUUACUAAAUACAAGAUCCUUAAGCAUUGCAAUGAAGAAUUUGGUUUUGAAGUUCCAAGUCACCAACUGAAGGAUAUUAAUAGUGUUGAAGAUAUCGUAAAAUACUACUGUUCCAUCAAAUCACCCAGUACAAAGACAUUUAAAUCAAUAGAUAUAGAUAAUCUACCACCAAACUUACAAAUUGGAGGAAAAGUUCCUAGAAAACAAAUCUGAAAUUAUAUAAAAACAAACCUUGACUGUUAGUCCUGUUUCUAAUCAUUACGUUGAGAAUUUGUUAAAUUUUUUUGAAGAGGUUCUAGAUCUCAUCCUUCAGUGUUUGCAUUAUGGUCUCAAACUAUUAAAACUACAAGUACCUAUG